AUGGCCGCUUUCACUCGUGCUGCGCUCCCGUUGCAGCUAUCCGCCGUCCCCCGUACCCCCGUCUCGUUAUGCCGGCGCAUUCACUCGUCUCCGUUCAGAUCGGCCGUUGCACACCCAAUCACUGCUCACGGCCCUCCUCCUAAAGCUCCAGCGCCUCCCUCAGGGGUCAAGGAAAUUUCCAACUCGAAAGAUGCAGAGCCCCCGGCUUCGGAGGACAAAUUAUCGCGAUCUAAUCUCACCGCGGCACUGAAGAAGCGGUUCUGGAAAGAUGUUCAUGUGCAUGCGAAGCCAGACGAAUACCAAGUCUUGCUUGACAAGCGACCCGUGAGAACCCCGGCGAAAGAAGUGCUAUCUAUUCCUUCCACAAAACCUCACCUCGCCCACGCCGUUGCCCUGGAGUGGGAUGUGAUGCGCUCUGCCCAACAGGCCCUCAAGAGCCACCUUAUUCCCAUGACCUCGAUUGCAGCCCGCGCCACCGAUAUCGCCCGUGAAGAUGCCGAGGGCGUAAACACCACCAGAAAACAGAUCGUUGCCACAGCCAUGCGCUAUCUAGAUACUGAUACGCUACUCUGCUGGGAGCCCGAGCGACCAGUUCACGCGUUGGACCGAACGGCCGACGGAAAGCCCAUCGAGACUCUCCGCCAGAUUCAGACGAGGGUCGCGGGGGAUAUUAUGAGCUUCUUGUCUACAAAGGUGUGGCCGGGACUCGAGAUUAUCCCUAUUCUCGAUGUCGAUAGCAUUUUACCUCUCGCCCAGCCGAAGGGUACCAAGGAGAGCAUCUCCAAAUGGGUUUCGGAACUGUCUGCGCAUGACUUGGCUGGCCUUGAGCGGGGUAUUCUGGCUUCCAAGAGUCUUCUCAUCGCGGUCCGUCUCUUGGUCGAAUGGAGUGAGAACUUCCGCCACCUCCAGCGAUCUGAGACGAAGAAGUUCGGUAUUGAGGAGGCGGCCGAGGCAGCUAGUCUGGAGGUGACCUGGCAGACCAACAUGUGGGGUGAGGUUGAGGAUACCCACGAUGUGGGCAAGGAAGACUUGAAGCGACAAUUGGGCAGUGUUGUGGUCCUUGUCACACUGGCCCUCCUCCACCGCGAUAAGUCCAAGGGCGAAAAUAAAGAUAUUGAUGACAGCGGUGAUAGUAACAACUCAGUCACUUCCGCCUCUACCUCCUCGAAUCCUGGCUCGUUGAAACACACCCGCAGCAGCAGCCGCCACAGCCGUCGCAAACAGGCCCAGGACCCGAGUCCGCCCCCGGCCAUUCAAGAAUCCGCCGAGGAUAUGGACACGACUGAACACAUGCCCUCGGUACUCGAGGGGGACAGUGGCACCAUGUCGCUUGAACAGUCUGUUCGCACCUUUCGUCUCUUCGAAAUAUUGCGUAGCGGGGAUACCAACGCCAUCGCCAAGGCCAUCAACGACACCAACGACGCACAGGGCGCGAAUGGUCUCAACGGCACGACCGUCCUUCAUCUGGCUCUGCAAUGCGCCGAGCCAGAUGUCGUGGAAUAUGUGAUGUCCGCAGCGGAAGACCUCGACAUCAACUCGCGCGAUCGAGAUGGAAACACGCCACUUCACAUUGCCGCCCAGUUGGGUCGGGGCCCGCUUGUUCGCGAAUUGCUGAAUCGACCAUCUAUCAAUGAUUCUAUUGUCAAUUAUCGGGGUCAGACGGCCCUUGAUAUGGCCCGAACCCCUGAUAUCUUCCAGCAGCUUCAGCUUGCGCGGUCUCUCUUCAUCGAUAGCAAGAACCAGGAAAUCCAGGCGUUGAUCCAGCGCUCUGAUUACAAGAACUUGGAGGCUUUGCUGGAAGAGCCCCGGGUAGAGGGUAUUAUGGAUGUGAACAGCCAGGACCUGGUUACCGACGUGACGACUGUCCAGUCCGGCGGCACGCUCUUGCAUGAGGGCGCGAGAAAUAAAGAUGCGCAGCUUAUUGAGAUCCUCUUGACGCAUGGUGCGGAUCCUUUCCGCCGCGACAAGAAGGGGAAGCUGCCGCAGGAUGUUACCAAAGAUGAUAAGAUCCGUGCUCUAUUGAAGAGAUCCCCGGCGGCUGCUAUUGCACAGCGCGGCAUCCAGGAGAGGGCUAUCCUCGGAAAUAGUAAUGCCCAAGGACUCGCCGGUCGUGUUUCGGUGGGUGACGCCCCGCUUGCUGGCAAGGAUGCUCGCGAGAUGAGAGGUUACCUCAAGAAAUGGACGAACUAUACCACCGGCUACAAGCUGCGUUGGUUUGUCCUGGAAGAUGGAGUUUUGAGUUAUUAUAAACACCAGGAUGAUGCAGGGUCUGCCUGUCGCGGUGCGAUCAACAUGAAGAUUGCUAGACUUAACAUGGAUGCGCAGGACAAGACGCGCUUUGAGAUCCAUGGCAAGUCAUCCGUCAAAUAUCACCUUAAGGCAAACCAUGUUGUGGAGGCCAAACGCUGGUUCUGGUCCCUCAAUAAUGCCAUCCAGUGGGCCAAGGACGAAGCGAAGGAGGAGGAGCGUCAGCGGACAAAGAACGCAGAGGUGCUUCGCCAGGCCAAGAUAGAUCAUACUCCGUCUGAGUCUGGCCUCUCUCACAAACCCAGCGUCAAGGGUCUGGCUCCUCCCUCUUUGGGCGGUGGCAGCAGCAGUGGCACAAGGCUCAGCACAUAUGCAUCCCGCACCACCCUUGAUAUCCCGGGCGGGGACGAGGAUAGCUCUGCCUACGGUGGCUCUAUUGAACAGUACAACUCUGGCCCUAGCGAGAUGAACAGAGUCAUCAGCCAUGUAACAACUGCACCGGACGCGGAGGGCGAGGAUGAAGAAUUCGUCGAUUAUGGCUCGAGUCACGAGAACGAGAUGCCGGCCGCUGAUAAGGAUGCUCUGAAUAUCACCGCACAGUCUGCGAAGCUUCAACUGGAUCUUCUCGCAAAUGUGGCUGCCUCGCUACAGGCCGAAAAGUCCAAGAAUCCGGACAUGACCAUCACGGAUCCAGCCCUUGAACAGGCACUUGGCGCCUACGAGGCUGCAGUCAGCAGUCUCAAGGGGCUUGUGCAGAAUUUGCUCAAGAUCUCGCGGGAUCGAGACUCUUAUUGGCAGUCUCGUCUUAGCAGAGAGGAGUCCAUUCGCCAGAUGUGGGAAGAGAGCAUGGCUCGCGUGGCUCAAGAGCAUGAGGAGCUGCAGUCCAAGAUGGGCGAGUCUGAGGAAAAGCGGAAGCGAACCAAGCGUGCUCUGAAGGAAGCCCUCGAGAAUGCGACAGGAAGUAGCCGCUCUCUUGCCGGGGCGCCUUCCCGUUUGCCAGCAGAGAACCAGGCUCCUGAGGCGACUCAUCCCGAAGUGGCGGCUGUUGAGACGACCGAAAAAGCAGACCAGCCUGCACCACAAGCACCAGUCAAACCUGGUCUCAGUCGCGACCCAUCGACUUACUCCAAAGUUAGCAGCCUCUAUGAUUCGGAGUCUGACGGAGAAGAGUUCUUCGAUGCUAUUGAUGCCGGCGAGAUCGAAGUAGAGGACUUCAGCAAGGUUGAUGAGAGCAAGAUACAAAGUCCUCAAUAUGAAAGUGCUGAGCUUCGGGCUGUGAAGAGCACUGUCAUUGCACCCUCUUUCAAGGGUUACGAAGCACCAGUGAGAGAGCGACUUAAGAUGGACGCGGAUGACCGGCCGAAGAUCUCGCUUUGGGGUAUCCUGAAGUCUAUGAUCGGAAAGGAUAUGACGAAGAUGACGCUACCGGUGUCUUUCAACGAACCAACUUCACUGCUUCAGCGAGUGGCCGAGGAUCUCGAGUACACUGAUCUCCUUGAUAUCGCUGCUGAUCGCACCGAUUCGAUGGAACGCCUGGUUUACGUGGCCACGUAUGCCGCGAGUGAGUAUGCCUCAACCAUUGGCCGUGUUGCGAAGCCCUUCAACCCUCUUCUCGGCGAAACCUUCGAGUAUGUGCGUCCGGAUAAAGGAUAUCGUUUCUUCGUGGAGCAAGUUAGCCACCAUCCACCGAUUGGCGCUGCGUGGGCUGAGUCGCCCAAAUGGGAUUACUGGGGUGAAUCCUCUCUCAAGUCCAAGUUCUACGGGAAAUCGUUUGACAUCAACCUGCUGGGUACAUGGUUCCUGAAGCUGCGACCUGCCUCCGGAGGCGAGGAACUCUAUACCUGGAAGAAGGUCACCUCAUCGGUCAUCGGCAUUAUCACAGGCAACCCCACAGUCGACAACUACGGCCUUAUGGAAAUCAAGAACUGGACCACCGGCGAAGUGUGCUAUCUGGACUUCAAACCCCGUGGCUGGAAGGCCUCGUCGGCCUACCAAGUCACAGGAAAGGUCGUCGAUAAGGACGGCUCCCCCAAGUGGAGUAUUGGUGGCCGCUGGAACGACAAGAUCUACGCCCGCCAUACUCCUGGCUUCGAGGCGCCUGUUUCCGGCCAGGACCCCGAGUCUGCUAAGACCUUCCUGGUCUGGCAGGCUCAUGCGCGUCCCACGGGUGUGCCCUUCAACCUGACCCCAUUUGUCAUCACGCUCAAUGCUCUCCCGGAUGGUUUGAAGGAAUGGCUCCCUCCCACGGACACUCGACUGCGACCCGAUCAGCGUGCCAUGGAAGACGGUGAAUACACCUUGGCUGCUGAUGAGAAGCACCGCGUGGAGGAGAAGCAACGUGCCAAGCGCAGAGAGCGUGAUACAAACGGCGAGGUCUACGAGCCGCAAUGGUUUACUCGUGACAAGUGUCCUAUCACCGGAGAGGAAUUCUGGGCUCACAAUGGGAAGUAUUGGGAGUCCAGAGAGGCGCAUGACUGGACUCGAUCAGAGGAUAUCUUCUGA